UGAACAUCGAAUGCCAGGUCUCGAUUUCUUUCAAUUGACUGGGAAUGUCGGGAUUAAAAACAAUGACAACACCGCUGCAGUCCUUCAUGAGGGCAGGCCAGCAUGACUCAAACCUGGAGGAUGAAGAAGAUAAAAAUGCAUCUCAAUGGCGAAAAUAAAGUGGGGAAAAAUGAGCUUUGAUCAAACAAACUUGAAGUCGCCGGAGCAGUCCCAGAGCUCAACCUCACAUGAUUUCACGUCACCACAGCCAUCCAGUUGUGAUUCAUAUUCUAGUAUCCUGCAAGCAAUCCCCCAAAAAUACAUAAUGACAAGGAUUGUCUGGUGGAUCGUACCUGACUGCUUGAGUUGGUCUGUAUUCACCUCCCACAUUUUCUGUUGCGUCCGAGAGAAAAUUUGCUAGGACGGUUUUCCCACUCUGAAAUAGGUAUUAUGUGUCCUGAGGAUGAACGGCAGAGUCAACCUCUUGGCUGCAGCUCCUCAGCCAAGCUGGGUCUGACUCUGACUUGUGGGGAUCUGGAUGGCUCUCAUGAAGUCUCAAAGACCAUCUGGACCAGCACUGGACUUAACAUAACCCCUCAAGUUGAAAUCCAUUGUCCAUGUAAUGUUGACGACAACGACAAAGGGUUUGGAUCGUUCGUGAAGAGACUGAUGGAUGCUGAAGGCGCCAUCGUCGUUGCAGCGGCGCAGCUCGUGUCGUUCCAAGACGCUGUGAAGGAUGCAAAAUGGUUUGCAACCAACAGACAGCGUAUGGUUAAGCAGAAAGGAGUCUUGCUACAGAGAAUGGAGGUCUUUCGCAAUGUUAACCAGGUUGUGCGAGAAAGGCUGAACCAGCUUAUGGAUGAGGAGACUGAUCGGAUUGAUGCAAGCACCAAGAUUGAUGCUUUGCUGACUAAGCUUCUGCAAAUGGAACGUGAAAAUGAGCUCCUAAAAGGUGACCUUGGUGUAACAGAAAGACGAGCAGAGGAGCUCAUGUAUCUGCAGCAAAAAGAGCAGGAAAACAUCAAAAGUGCUCUGAACAUAGCAAAGUCUGCAGAGGGCACCCGAGCCCGUAUACAGGGCCAGCUACGCAACAAGGAGGCAGAAAACAAUCGACUGACUGUACAAGUGCGGACUCUAGAUCGAACCGUGACUCAACAAAAGGCCGAGGUAGACGACUUGAAAUCAUUCCUGGCCGCUCUGACGGAGCAGACCUCGCAGGAAAAGGAGGCCCUCAAGAAGGCCUCGAGGGCGCACAAGCAAAAAGCCGAGCGAUUGGAGGCCGCCGUCAACAAGUGCUCCAGCGAGCUAAAGGAAAAGGAGACCCUGCUGUCAACACUACAAGAAAACAAAGAAUCAUGGAAGCUGGAGAAGGAGCAGCUUACUCAGGAAAAUUCCAAACUAAAAGCUCAAGUGGAGUUCCUGCAGAAGCAGUUAACUGUUAUCCUGGUGAAGCGGCAGAAGGAGAUGGAGCGGCAGACGACAACGGUGAAGGAGAGUGAUUGGGAGAAGGAAUGGGAGAGGGAAUGGGAGGAAAAGAUGAAUGAAAGAAAAGAGGACGAGGAGGAGAAAUGGGAGGAAAAGAUGAGAGGAAGAAAGGAGCCAGAGGUGAAGAAACGGGAGGAAAAGAUGAAUGAAAGAAAAGAGGACGAGGAGGAGAAAUGGGAGGAAAAGAUGAGAGGAAGAAAGGAGCCAGAGGUGAAGAAACGGGAGGAAAAGAUGAAUGAAAGAAAAGAGGACGAGGAGGAGAAAUGGGAGGAAAAGAUGAGAGGAAGAAAGGAGCCAGAGGUGAAGAAACGGGAGGAAAAGAAGAAUGAAAGGAAAGAGGAAGUGGAUGAGAAAUGGGAGGAAAAGAUGAAAGAAAGAAAGGAGCAAGAGGUGAAAAAAUGGGAGGAAAAAACGAGUGAAAGGAAGACACAGGAGAUGAAGAAAUGGGAGGAAAAGAUGAAUGAAAGGAAAGAGGAAGAAGAGGAAAAGUGGGAGGAAAAGAUGAAUGAAAGGAAGGAGCCAGAGGUGAAGAAAUGGGAGGAAAAGAUGAAUGAAAGGGAAGAGGUGAAGAAAUGGGAGGAAAAGAUGCGUGAAAGGAAAGAGGAGGAGGAAUGGGAGGAAAAGAUGAAUGAAAGAAAGGAGCCAGAGGUCAAGAAAUGGGAGGAAAAGACAAACGAAAGGAAAGAGGAAGAGGAGGAUAAAUGGGAGGAAAAGAUGCGUGAAAGGAAAGAGGAGGAGGAAUGGGAGGAAAAGACGAAUGAAAGAAAAGAGGAAGAGGAGGAUAAAUGGGAGGAAAAGUUACAUGAAAGAAAGGAGCCAGAGGUGAAGAAACGGGAGGAAAAGAUGAAUGACAGGGAAGAGGAAGAAGAGAAAUGGAAGGAAAAGAAUGAAAGAAAAGAGGAAGAGGAGGAUGAUUGGGAGGAAAAUAUACAUGAAAGAAAGGAGCCAGAGGUGAAGAAACGGGAGGAAAAGAUGAAGCAAAGGAAAGAGGAAGAAGAGAAAUGGAAGGAAAAGAAUGAAAGAAAGGAGCCAGAGGUGAAGAAAUGGGAGGAUAGGAUGAAUGAAAGGAGAGAGGAAGAGGAGAGAUGGAAGGAAAAGAAUGAAAGAAAGGAGCCAGAGGUGAAGAAAUGGGAGAAGAUGAAUGAAAGAAAAGAGGAAGAAGAGAAAUGGAAGGAAAAGAUGAGUGAAAGAAAGGAGCCAGAGGUGAGAAAAUUGGUGAAUGAAAGAAAAGAGGAAGAAGAGGAGAAAUGGAAGGAAAAGAUGAGUGAAAGAAAGGAGCCAGAGGUGAGGAAAUGGGAGGAAAAAAUGAAUGAAAGGAAAGAGGAAGAGGAGGAGAAAUGGAAGGAAAAGAUGAAUGAAAGAAAGGAGCCAGAGGUGAAGAAAUGGGAGGAAAAGAUGAAUGAAAGAAAGGAGCCAGAGGUGAAGAAAUGGGAGAAGAUGAAUGAAAGAAAAGAGGAAGAAGAGGAGAAAUGGAAGGAAAAGAUGAGUGAAAGAAAGGAGCCAGAGGUGAGGAAAUGGGAGGAAAAAAUGAAUGAAAGGAAAGAAGAAGAGCAGGAUAGAUGGGAGGAAAAGAUGAAUGAAAGAAAGGAGCCAGAGGUGAAGAAAUGGGAGGAAAAGAUGAAUGAAAGAAAGGAGCCAGAGGUGAAGAAAUGGGAGAAGAUGAAUGAAAGAAAAGAGGAAGAAGAGGAGAAAUGGAAGGAAAAGAUGAGUGAAAGAAAGGAGCCAGAGGUGAGGAAAUGGGAGGAAAAAAUGAAUGAAAGGAAAGAAGAAGAGCAGGAUCGAUGGGAGGAAAAGAUGAAUGAAAGAAAGGAGCCAGAGGUGAAGAAAUGGGAGGAAAAAAAGUAUGAAAGAAAAGAGGAAGAGGUGAAGAAAUGGGAAGAAAAGAUGCAUGAGAGGACGCAAGAGGAGAAAGAGCAGGACAAGGAGUUUGGAAUGGAGGAAGACCAGAGGAAGGAAGAAGUGACAUUUGGGGAGAGGGACAGGGGCAGAUCUGCGAAGGUGAUGGAAGACACCUCAGAAAGGGUGGAGUGGCAAGACCAGAAGGAGGAGAAGUAUGAGACCAACGCGCGACUCAAUGAUAUGACCAGGCAGCUCGAGAGACUCCGAGUGGAAAAGGAACAGUACAGCGCCAGUAACGCCACGCUCAAGCUGUCCGUUGCCAAGUUGGAAAAGCAGCUUGCUGAAUGCGAGGCGGCCUUGGUCAAACAGAAGAGUUUGUUGAAUGAAAAGGACAGAAUACUUGAACGGCAGCUUGAUGAACAUGAUGCGGCUUUGGUCCAAGAGAAGAGUGUGUUGAUUGAAAAGGACCCAGAAGUUGAACGGCAGCUUGCUGAAAGUGAGGCAGCGUUAGACAAAGAGAGGUUUUUGUCGAGUGAAAAAGACCGAAAAGUUGAACAGCUUCAAAACCAGGUUGCAGAGCUUGAAGCGGAGUUGAACAAGGUUAAGCUCCAAUACAAAAAUGUGUCACAGGAGCUUGAUCAAGUGAAACUUGAAGUUGCAAAAGCUGAUACGGUGAGGCAGGAGCUGCAGUCCCGUGUCGAUGAGCUGCAGAAUUUGACCGAAACGUUGAGGGAGUCUGAGGUGCAGCUGCUCGCAUGCCAGAAGAAUCUGCAAACCUCUGAGUCGAAGUGCUCAGAGCAGGCAGAGGCCAUAGAGAAGCUUCAGAAUGAGCUGCAGAGUCAAGAGAAUUUGGUAAGAUCGGCUGGUGAGCUUCAAGCAUCAGCUGAGGAGCAGAAAUCAAAACUGCAAGAGCAAGUGGACACCCUGCAAGAGAAGCUGGACCAGCUGAGUCAAGAGAAGCUGGAGUUAGAACAGAAACUGGAGGCCAAAGAAGAAGCUCUACGCCUCAGCAGCCAGCAAAUUGAAGAACAUGGCACGCAACGGUCGGAACUGCAAAGCCAGCUGGAGCAACACGCGUCUGAAUGCCAAUCGCUCAAUGAUCAACUAGCUAAAUGCUCAGCCGACAUGUUGAAUAUGAAAGAACAGGUGAAAAAUGCCAAUGAGAAAGUUUUGUCCAAAGAAGUGGCCCUUGAGACCAGCGUCAAAGAGCUGAGGGUUCUCCGUCAGACCAGGAUGGCGUCGGAGAAGCAGUUGCAGACACGUGUGAAAGAUUUGCAGUUGAGCCUGGAGAAGUGUGAAAGACACAAGAAGAGUAUUCAGAACUAUGUGGACUUCCUCAGGACCUCAUACAUUAUGAUAUUCGAAGAUCAAAUAUUUUGGUCUUCCACUUGCAUGAAAUGACAGCCUACUUUUUAGAAAGUGGUCUUCAUUUCCAUUCCCUUUAGAGGAAGCAAAGUGUAAAUUGAAAUAUCUGCAUUUUGCCUUAGGGUUAGUCUUACAGUUCUGAGGUUCGGAGUUGGACUCUUUGUUCUUGCAUGAGUUUUCAAUUCUGAAGACAUGCAAAAGUGUCCAUGUGAAGGCUUUUUUGUCUGUAGGUGGUCAGCGAUUGGUUGGUGACCAUCCAAAAUGUAUUCCCUGCCUCUCACUUCGUGUCAGCAUUGGUACGUUUACUACAAUUCACCUGCCACCCGGAAUAGAACAACCACUAAAAAAAAACUUAAUAUACAGUAUCUGAAUCAUACAAAUAUUUAUCCCUAGAAGGUGCACGGCAAUGAUCGUUCAAAUGUGUUCAGAGUCAUGACAUCAUCUUUGCACCUUUUUCCAAGCCCAUGAGUUUCAAACCAACUAAAACAAGCUGAAAAUUAUAACACAAACUCAACAUAAUCGCACUAGGGAACCAUAAACCGUAUUGGCCCGAAUAUAAGACGGUGUUUUUUUGCACUGAAAUAGGACUGAAAAAGUGGUAGUCGUCUUAUAUUCGGGGUCUAGACAUUAUACCGAUUCACGACGCUAGAUGGCGCCAGAUAUCAUUGAAGCGAAUGCUGAACUUGAGUCAUGUUCUGUCAUGACAGAUCUCAGCUACUCUCAAGUUUAACCAGUUUGCAAUAUUUUAUUGCAAUGUUUUUCCUUAUUCAGAAUUGUUUAAGACUACAGUUACAGUUAGACCUCACUUUGAUGGUUAAUGCAGUUAUUGCAAUUUUGUUGUUUUAUCACAAUAGAUUGGUUUAUUUACAUUUUUUUUUAAAAAAACAGAAGCCAUUCAUUUACAAAUGUGAUUGCACUUUAGUUUACAUAUUUAAAUGUUCAGAUAUUAAGAUUUGAAUGAGGCAAAAUAACAAGCCUUUUCUCUCAAAUAUAUUGUUAUAAUCAGGGGUGCACAUAAUUUUUUUGCCCAGGUUCUCAGAGGAGGACCUGGAGAUGUGACUUGGUCCUCAUUGAGCUUGAGACCGACCCGCCUAUUGCGAUAAAUUUAUGACAACCUUUACUUAGAGCCAAUUAACUUUAAUUAAUUAUAUUAACAAUGAAUGCCUGAUUAACAUCAACUGGCACAACAAAAUUGCCAUUACUUUGAAGUGAAAUGUAAAGAAAUAAACAUAAACGCACCAAUUCAAAAUAAAGGGCAUUAUGCGGCUCCCACAUUAACUCCAAGCCUUUUUAAAAGUGGGAUGUCCUCCUCAUAAGACCUCAUUGAACGUGCAUGUUUAGCUUUGUAAAAUGCGAGCAAAAACACGUUUGUCAGUGCAUGGCGCUGUUUUCAUUACCUUUAUUCCGCCACUUGUCCAUAGGGCGAGUACGGUGCUGUCUGACAUUGAUAGUUUGCUUAAUUGCCACAUGCUCUCUGUUUUUUCGUGCUUUUCAAAGUUUGGAUGGCUGAAAUUCUUUGACCCUACAUAAAAUGCGCUGCUCUUAUCGGCGACAUUGGGAUUCUCACGGCACAUUUUGUACCGCAUUUCCGUGCGAGCAUCCUUUACUUCUAGCCACGGUACCUCCUGCAGCCACUUUUCAGCAAAAGUCCUUUUUUCGGUAGCUCCGGUGACGUCUCUGUCGUCUGUCUGUCUUUUGACGGGGGUGGGGGAACACGGAAGUAAUUACUCAGUGUGGCCUGCCUCAUCGACAUUUUGAGAAGUUAUUUUCUCGUGUCCGCCGCAAAUACAGUGGUCAGCCAUCUGUACGCAAAAGCGUAUGGAACCCGUUGAGGGCCAGCGCGUUUGUCUACGUCCAGUACACAUGCGCGCAUGCGGACCACUUAUGUGCACCCCUGGUUAUAAUCAUUUGUUUCAGAUGUAGUGUAAUUAUUUUCUGUGUAAAAAUUAAUCUGGUGUUCAAAAAGUAUUUUUUCAAACUUGAGUAUUGAAAAAGAGGGGGUCUCUUAUAAUCAGGGCAGUCUUAUAUUCGGGCCAAUACUGUAAUAAUCGAUUAUUAGAUUUUUUUUUAAGUAGAUUGCCUAGGCCUGUCGCAAUAUCAAAUAAUUCCAUUUAUCGCACGAUUAAUAAAAAUGAAGGCGGUAAUUUUUCCGCUGCGAUUUAUUGCCUCGCGUGCACGUGCGUGCGCGCGUGCAGCAGACAUGCUGUCAUAAGUUCGGAUUCCUUGUUACCAACUGCACAAAAUGCAUCUUCGCUCCAGGUCCGGCAAAAAAUAGCGCCAGAUCCAAUUGUUCCCAUUAUAUCCUAGUGUGUAACAUAUACCGGCCGCAUCAGAGCUCCGGAUUGACUGCGGACCAUCUCUGGCGUGCCGGUGUUGUUGACGUGUGGGCGCUCCCAUCAGCGAUGACAUUUCAUGCGGGCCGGCUAUUUUUCGGCACAACACCAGAUAUUUGAGUGGCAAAUUAAGAGCGCUGUGCUUCAAACUCGUCCUGUUUAUAAAAGUCGAUUGUCAUAUGCUUUUGUUGUGCAGUAAUGAGCAGACGUGGCUUAUGUGGCGUUUGCUAAAUUUAAUGCGCGCACACACUAGAUAUCAUGAAAUAGCAAACUAGAUGCGCUAUGUCCCAUGCCAUUGGCUACGUGAGCCCAGAGUGAUUGUGGGACACGUAGUCCAUAUACUACAUCGAUGAAUUAUAAACCGCAAUGACUGAAUGGAAGUUAAGAAGGCCAAAUCAAUCCAUACCAGUGACUAUAGAUAAUGCUGCAAAUAUUGGUAAUUCAGUACGUGACACAGAUGGAUUCGGACCAAAAAUAGGAUAACUUGCUCAUGUAGUAAACCUCGCUGCUAAGAGAGCUGUCGCAAUCAACAGUGUGCCCCGCCUCACUUUACAAACAGUAAAGAUUGUUCUCAGCACUUUUAUACUAAAUUUCUUCGGAUCAGUAAGAAGUAAGCCCUUAGAUAUUAUGCACUAAAAUGCAUGUUUGUAUGACGGCAAUUUAAUUUUUGCUCGUUUGCAAAAAAAAAAAAAAAAAAAAUUUUUUUUUUUUUUUUUCAGAGCAUUAAAUGUAUUGAAUCGGAUCGAAAAUCGUGUCCCCCGUAUCGAAAAUCGUACCGAACCGUGACUUAACCGUGUCGUUGCAUCCCUGUGGAACACCAUUGCAGAAGCUAUGAGGGGAAAAGUUUUCAUUUGCCUAAAUGCUUAAGUUAUUAACUGCAAUUGUAUUUUUUUUCUCUUGAAAAACACAUUUUAUUUAUUCUGUGUUUCGGUGUGGUAUUAAUAUUGUUGUCUUUUACUUAAGAGGCAUGGUCUAUUGUUUUUAGUUGGGAUUUCUUAUCGCGUUUAAAUGGGUGUACUUGAUCUAUUAAUAUAUACUGUAUUCUCACUGUUAUUGUAAAUUGUUUUUUUUUUUUUAAUUGGGGGGGCGCAAUAAUAUCGCAUAUCGCAAUAAUUUAUGAGAUAAAUUAUCGCACACUAAAAUUUGUUUAGCAACAGGCCUAAGAUUGCCUAAUUAAGGCUAAAUAGCGGGAUUUUUUGAUUCAAUCUCAAAUCAUUUGCUCACUGAAGAAAGAAUCCAAGAUGUCAUCAUUUCUUAAGGGAAGCCAUAACAUGUGUCAUCCUUUAGACAAUACAGUGAACCUUCACUACUUUACGGAGCAACUUUUGUGCCCUCAGUGCAUCUCGGAUUUUUUAAAAAAUCAAUCCCUAAUACUUAUUUAUAAAUGGAAUCUGUGUGUGCGUGUGUGUUUGUUCCCUAUGGACUCCGAAACAGCUGUUCGGACUAAAUUUUGCACAGUUGUACUCAAUGGGCGGAUUCAGACAGCAAGUCUUAAUUUGUUUUUCCGACUCGAGUGAGGCAUUAACUUGACGUCUGAACAGGACAAGUGGACCAUUUCCAAUCUGAUCUGGGUCACUUUCGUAUGUGAUUUAAAUCCGAUCUGGGACACGUUUUUCUAGAAUGUGGCGGCGGUCUGAACUGUCAAGUCUUCCAAAUCGGAAUUCAUGCAGCAAUUACGUCAGCAAAGAGCAAGAGCGGCAGGGAGGACAGCGAUGUAGCUGUGCAUUAGUGUUAGCGCCUAGCUUGAACUCUGCUUUUAUGCAGUCGUAAAAAAUUGAAGGGAAGGAUUAGCCUGAUAAUGCUCAUUUUUUUCUUUCUGUGCGCCAAAUACGCAAUAUUUCAGUAGGCCUCCAUUUAGUGUUCAUUAGAAACUUUAAAAAUUUGCAUAGAAAAUCCCUGAUUGUGGAGGCGACAGCGCCAUCUCUUGGGCAAAAUGCGUCUUUUGCGAUUGCAAUGUCGCAGUUGGCUUUCAAAUUACAUUUUCAUGUAGAAAUUUGAAUAUGCUGUGAUUAUACAUUGUGGCUUAAAGCACUCCACAACAAGACACUAGAUAUAAAACAAAUGUACUUCCGGAAUAUUAAUAACAGAUUAAUUUUGGCUGGAUAUCGUAAUCUAAACAAAGGCGAAUUUGUGUCUGUGUGUUCGUGUUUUAUGGACACCGAAACGGCUGUUCAGAUUUUGACGAAAUUUUACGCAGUUGUACUUUAUGUGUCUGGGAAUGUUCUUAGAUGGGUUUGAUCUCUGUAGGUCUCCAUUUACUGCGGAAAUUUCAUUCCAAACUCCAAUAAUGAGCAUAGAAAAGGCCAAUUUUCACUUUUUCACCUUAGCAACACCGGGUCAUACUACUCCAUAAGUCCAUCCAACAUACGGUACAUUUAAAAAAAAAAAAAAAAAAAAAAAGCUGGGAGCCGUGAUUUCGAGGUUUCUUAUGUGUCGAUUUAACAAACCUUGGCCCCAAAAACCCACCACAAGUAGUAUGGCUGUACUACAAGUAUUACAUAAAGGAGUUCUAAAAACAUUUAUGUACACUUUAUUUACAUCUAUGUAUGUAUGUACACUUACACAGUCACACACACACAUCAUAGGAGGCAAUGAAUGUACAGUACGUAUUUAUAUUAUUUAUACAUUAUUUUAUGUAUGUCAUUUAAAUUUAUUUAAAUGUUUCAAACUAUAAUAUUCCAAUGAUAAAACUGCAUUCAUAGAGUUUUAUACAAAUCCAACACCAAGAACAGACAUAUCUUGAAUGGCAAUUUCAAAUAAAAAUAGAAUCGAGAACAACAGGCUGAAUAAGUGAACGGUAUGCUAACGUUACAUGACGCAUAAACAACGAACUGAAAACGAGUCCGAUUUGGCCUGCAUAUUUCACUACUUGCAGGUUGUAAUCUGCUAAAUAUAAUUUCCUUUUUAGUGCCCUUUUGUUCGGCCCUUCUCAGUUGUUUUUCUAAGUUAUCGCCAAUGUUGAAACACAGGCCUUGAGCGCCUUCUUGCGGUUUAGUGUGAAAAUAACAUGUGAAAUGAUAUAAUAAUGUCUUAAACAUUUUCAGACAUAAGUCGCUCCACCGUAUGAGUCGCACCAAGGCCAAACUAUGGAAAAAGCUCCAAUUUAUUGUCAGAAUAAUACGGUACAUGAAAAAAUGGAUGUGAAAAAUGAUGGUGGGGGCGGCACUACUUUGCGGAUUUUCACUUUACGUGGUUGGUUCCGGUCCCCUGGUAACAGCAAUAAUUGAGGGAUCACUGUAUUCUACUUGGUACAACCCUGGCAUUCAAAGAGGAGUUCAGAAAUUUCAUGGUUUCAAGUUUGCCCGAUUAGUUGAUUGCAUAGUUUCCCUGCAAUGGGAUUCACUUGAAGAUUUCCUGUACUUACUGUAUCUCAAAAUCUGUACAUGCUGUAUUGAUUGAAUAUUUACCGUAUUGUAUGGAAGGGAAGUGAAACUGUGUUCAGUAGAGCAAGACCUUGCUUGUGCACAAUUAAAAAAACUUUGUUGUA